GACUGCGGGCGGUGGGCUGCGCGCCGGCUGCGAGGCUUGGUGCCCGGGCCCGCCCCGCCAAGCCCCGCCCCUCCGCCCGCUUGGCGCGGGCGCAACUACGGAACCGCUGUCCCCGGGCCAGCCUGGGGCGGCCGGCCCGAAACCACCCGAUAAGAUGGAAUCACUGAAUUCAUCACUUGACUCAGUAAUAGUUUGGAUAAGUUUAGCAAGGAAAGCUAAAAGUAGAUUUUGUUCUGUGGGAAGAAGAAAAAGUUCUGGAAAAUGGGAUGGUGAAGUUGGAGAAAGGCUCCUUUAACCCUCCUCCAGGAUGAACCCCCUGCAAGAAGACAUGGAGAACGCUCUCACAGGGAGCCAGAGCUCUCACGCUUCUUUGCGCAAUGUUCAUUCCAUCAACCCCACACACCUCAUGGCCAGGAUCGAGUCUUAUGAAGGAAGGGAAAAGAAAGGGAUAUCUGAUGUCAGGAGGACUUUCUGUUUGUUUGUCACCUUUGACCUCUUAUUUGUAACAUUACUCUGGAUAAUAGAGUUAAAUGUGAAUGGAGGCAUUGAGAACACAUUAGAGAAGGAGGUGGUACAGUAUGACUACUUCUCCUCUUAUUUUGAUAUAUUUCUCUUGGCAGUUUUUCGAUUUAAAGUGUUAAUACUUGCAUAUGCUGUAUGCAGACUGCGCCACUGGUGGGCCAUAGCGUUGACAACAGCAGUGACCAGUGCCUUUUUACUCGCAAAAGUGAUCCUCUCAAAGCUUUUCUCCCAAGGGGCUUUCGGCUACGUGCUGCCCAUCAUUUCAUUUCUCCUUGCCUGGAUUGAGACGUGGUUCCUGGAUUUCAAAGUCUUACCUCAAGAGGCAGAAGAGGAAAACAGACUCCUGAUAGUUCAGGAUGCUUCAGAGAGAGCAGCGCUUAUACCUGGCGGUCUUUCCGAUGGUCAGUUUUAUUCUCCUCCUGAAUCUGAAGCAGGAUCUGAGGAAGAAGCUGAAGAAAAACAGGACAGCGAAAAACCACUUUUGGAACUAUGAGUACUACUUUUGUUAAAUGUGAAAAUUCAUCACUGAAAGUCACUGGAGGAAAAAAAAAAAAAAAAAAGGACCAGAGCUGGGGUCUUGCUAUCGAAAGUUGAAGGUGACAUCCACUGCUGAUUUUAAUGAACAGUUAAUAAAGAAUUUAUUUAUUGUAAUACCUCAUAGACAUUGUACCAGAUCACAUACAUUUAGGACCUGCCUGUGGCUGGUAAGAUAAUGUGAUGAUCCAUCCCGUGUUCAGUGAGACUGAGUCUGAUCUGUUCAUGAAUAGUGGGAGCAAAGUCUUGUGCUAUAUUCCUGAUCAAAAGACUUCUGAAUAUAUUGGAAUAACACUUUUUUAGUAAGCAAAAUAUCUUUUUAUUUGAUCCGCAAUUUGGAAUUUUUUGUUUCAUGUCUCAGAUUUCUUUUGUAUUUCUUUUUUAACAUCCAACAUUUCCCUUGUGUUUUUUAACUCACGCUUAUGCGCUCUUUGUACAGUUUUAAAAAGUAAUAAAUACCAACAUAUCAAAA